AUGGAAGACACCCUACAAGAAGUAUUCAAAGGAACAGCUUCUAAAGACAUUGACUACAUUCAGUAUGCUAUUUUUUUGCCUGUGAAUAAUAGUAACAAUGAUGAAGAAGCCUUGCUGACCUAUUUAAAAGAUACUUUGGACAUGAUCAACUCGUUGAUUCAGCCGAUCAUGAAAGAUUACAUUUGGCAAAAGGAUAAGUUUCACUUGUCCAUUGCUUAUGAACAGACUAAAGAUCCACCUUACCCUUUUCUAUUUGGGGCGAGCCGCUUUGGCGAUUGCAUUAACGAUGAAUGGUUUAUAGUGUACCUCUUGCAAUAUAUUUCUAAGCAUAUACCCGACUCCAUCAUUUCUCUUUCUGAUAAUGACGGCGAUGUUCUACUCAUUGAAGCCGCCCUUGAGUUACCUUCUUGGCUCGAUCCUUCUAACAGUCAAAAUCGCGUUUACUUAAUGAACGGCCAAGUGCAUAUUAUACCCUUACCUACAUCGCCUGCAGAUAUUUUGACAAUGCCUGCCUCUUCAGGUAAACUCACACGUCAGCAAGCCAUUCGACAUUUAAGACUACAGCAACCGUCCUCAAAACACACAUUAUUCUCGCCUGCUAUACAACAUAUUAUCAGCGAGCGUUUGGAGCAAGUCUCUCCUCAUGCCAGCAACGGAAAAUUUGAAAUGCAUUGUGCACGCUGUAUUUUACCCAAAAAAGCUGCCUUUGUGCUGCUAUCGGAACCUCAGCUGAUCACAUUGGCCAUUGAAGCAUUCUAUUACCGAGACCCCAGUGCGAUGAAAGCCUGCGCGUCAAUGAAAAUCUUUUCACCAAGGGAAGAUGAAGAUAUAGAUACCAUUCUUACUUUCACAAAAACGACUUAUGCGCAGACUGUGAGUCAGAAGUUUUAUGCACCCAAACCCUUUCGGUUACCCUCUAAUAAUGCAUCAAGAAAAGAGGAUAGAGAAAAAUACAAAUAUGCUGAAUUGGGAAUGAAAGUGACGUGUGGAUUGGAAAUGCUCUAUUACCAACAUGCUUCAUCCUCAUUAGCAGAAACAGACAUGGAAGACGUAGACCAUUACGAUUUUGAUAAGGACGCAAAAUAUCAAGCUUAUCUUCAGCAUUUGAACAAUUUGGGUUAUUUUCGUUCUGAGAAGAAGGGAUCUCAAUUGUACAAAUCACUUGAAAGACAAUCAAAAGAGCAAUAUCUCAGUUAUAGAAAGCAGUCCGCAUUACAUUACAAGCGCUUGAUUUCUUUAGAUGAUCUGGAUGUGGAAGAUGAAGAAGUCACCUUUGAUGGAGCGAGGUUAGAUACCCAUGUUCGGCAAACGAUCGAUAAUCUAUUGUCUCAUUAUUCAGAGGAAGCACUUCAACAACUGUUGUACGCAAAGAGGAACAAAAACGAAGAUAGUGAUGAUUGGAUGAAUGUAGACCCUCAACAACUAGAAGAGAUCCUAAUGAAGAGAAUGGGUCUGCAGCAAAAGCAAUUGAUGUCUGAUUUAGCGAAAGACAUGGGCAUGGAUGGUAGUGCUGGUGUGGAUCUGGAAGCCAUCAUGAGCAACCUGGAGGAUUUUGUGGAGCAUACCAAAAGUGGAAUUGAAGGGGUUGAAGUGUUCGACAAAAAUAACAGUAACUUUAGCAACGGAGACGAUGAUAAUGUUGAUGAUGAUAGCGAUUAUAGCGACUAUGAAGAGUUUGAGGAAGACAUGGGUGCUCUAAGUUUCGAUGUCGACAAAUUCAUGAGUAUUCUGAAAGGAACUUCCAGCCUUGAAUCUGAAGGUCCAGAAACGAUCACGCCAGGAAGCAGUCAAAAUGAUGGUUGUAGAAUAGCGGAAAUAACGGGGGAUGAUGAUGUGAAAGACGAAGAAGAGAAGAAUCUUGCUCAGGUCAUGGAAGACAUGGAUCAGGAAAUAUAUAGUCAUGACAAGAUAGGUCAAUCCUUUGUUAAAACACCCAAAAAUCCUGAACGCUUUGGAGAAGUCGAAGAUGGUUCUGAAAGUGAAGACGAUGAAGAUGAAGAGAAUGUGAAUGCGCCUGUGGAUAUUGAACUGAAUCUUGUAAAGAAUGUAUUAGAAAGUUUUAAAAGCCAACAAGGUCUUCCCGGACCUGUCGGUACUAUGCUGAAUCAGUUCGGUAUUGUACUUCCAGGUGAUAUUGAAGAGAAUGACGAGCAAGAAAAUGAAGGAGGCAGCAAUAGUAAUCAAUAG